UGAGAAAGAUGGGCAAAGAAAACUUGGGAGCUGAAGGUAGAGAGGAGGAAGAAGUGAGGUUAGGUAUAGACCGCCGAUAAAGAAAGCGGGAGGGAAUAGCCUCCCUCUUUUCUUGGCCCGGCUCUUCAAACCAUCUCUUUCUUCCGCUCCCCAAUAUAUUAAAAUUCCUUCUCCUCUCUCGUCAUCACCUCUGUUGCUACUUGCCAGUCCACGCAACAUUCCCCCCACUUUCUCUCGCCUUUCUUUUCUUUAAUCCUCUCUUUCUCUUAUCAACUGCCAUCUUAUAUUCCGUCCUAUUUCUCUCGAGUCUCGACAUUCUGCCUUGGUUCUCCACCCUUACAAUUUCUCUCAAUCUUCGCUGCUUCUAUUUCUCUCCCAAUUUUGGGGAACACGGAAACAAAUUCCCCAUGGAUUCUCAAGUCUCUGUAGCUCUUGCUCUUUCACUCGUGGGUGGUUUGAGUACUUCUAUCGGGGCACUAUUUGUAAUAAUUAAUCAAUCUCCCAGUUUGAAGAUGCUUGGGCUAUUACAGGGUUUUGCUGCAGGUUUGAUGCUGAGUAUAUCAUUCUUUGAUCUUGCUCAUAAUGCUUUGAACUCACUUGGCUUCUUCAAAGGCAACCUUUGGUUUUUUGCGGGUGUCAUAUUCUUUGCUGUCGUGGCCAAUUUUAUCCCAGAGCCAACACUUGCUCCUGCUUCAGAUGUGAAGAGUAGAAAGAAAAAUGAGGAUGACGGAGGCAAGGACAUAAUGAAGAAGCGUCGCCGCCAAGUUUUAUUUAGUGGGAUUAUUACAGCUAUAGGUAUAAGUUUACAUAAUUUUCCAGAAGGAAUGGCCGUGUUUCUUGGAUCCAUGAAGGGCCUUCGUGUUGGUCUUAACCUAGCAUUGGCCAUUGCUCUACACAAUAUCCCUGAGGGUGUUGCGGUUGCGCUUCCUGUUUAUUUUGCAACGCAGAGUAAGUGGCAGGCAUUCAAAUUGGCUUCUCUUUCUGGCUUUGCUGAACCCCUGGGAGUUGUUAUUGUUGCCUAUUUAUUCCCUAGCAGCUUAAGUCCUGAGAUUCUUGAAGGUUUGCUUGGAUCAGUUGGGGGAGUCAUGGCUUUUUUAACACUGCAUGAAAUGCUGCCAUUGGCGUUUGAUUAUGCGGGACAGAAGCAAUCUGUUAAGGCGGUCUUUUGUGGGAUGGCUUUCAUGUCUGCAAGCCUAUAUUUUCUGAGCAUCAGUUUACCAGAGGAGAUGAACUUGUAGCUGGGACAUCUGUUUUCCAAAAUGUGACGCCUUCCCCGCGUAUCAUUGGCGUAUCUUCUAGCGUUGACAUCGACUGCCUAGUAGCAUUAUCCCUACCGAUUUGAGACGCCUGAAGUGUCAAUAAAAAAGGCGAGAAUGUACAGUCAUCUUCGGAGGAUAUCUAUCAGACAGACAGCAAUAUAGAGAUGCAUUUCCGACUUUACCUUGGAGAAGGAUGUACAAAUAAUUUGAAAAUACUAACAACAACAACAACAACAAUAUAAGCUGUCUCUAAUAUUUUAUCAGAACUCCUAUUCUGCGCCCACCAUGUGGAUAUGGAAAAAGUUCACGAUUUGCAGAUAAUUAAAAGGUGUUUUUAAUGUAUCAAUGGAAUGGAAGUACCUGUUCAGUGUUCA